AUGGCAGCCGGAGCUGAUCCUCGAUUUGUCAAUUUAGUAUUUGACGGACACUCCGGCAACGAGGAAGAAGAAGAGGAAGAGGAAGAAGAAGAAGACGACGAAGAUGAUGAAGAGUAUGUUCCCGAUGUGCCCUCGUCUAGGGUUUCUUACCGUCUCCGGAAUCUUACAUCUGACGAAAUGUUAGCCUUUCUCUUCGAUGAAGGGCAGAAUUCAGUUGAAGACAACAGAAUAAAACGCCGCAGAACUGAUGGAGGAGAGGCUUCCUCUUCUUCACUCCCAAUCGGCAGUCAAGAGAAUGACUGGAACCGCACCGAGGUUGACGGCCUCAUUUGCCCUAUUUGUAUGGAUGCUUGGACCGAUGAAGGCGAUCAUCACGUCUGUUGUCUUCCUUGUGGGCACAUUUAUGGCAUGUCUUGCAUCAAAAAAUGGCUUAAACAGCGGAACAAUUCGGGGAAGUGUCCUCAAUGUAAUAUGAAAUGUUCCAUGAAGGAUGUGAGGAAACUUUAUGCUUCUCGAGUAGUUGUUGUUGAUGAAGAAUCUCAUAAGAGAAUUUGGUCACUUGAGACCCAAUGUGCUUCUCUUGAGAGUAAGGACGGUGAUUGGCGCAAGAAAGAAGCAGGAUGGAAGAAGAGAGAAGCUGCAUUGGAUUUUGAUGUUAAGAAUCUCAGGGAGAGAAAUACAUAUUUGGAGCAGCUGGUACUAGAUAUGCAGAGUAGACAAUCCGGAUUAAUGGAUGCCAGUGGGAACUCUCAAUGGAGAUAUGAAUCUGAGCUAAACUAUAACCCAAUGUCCCAUGGAAAAGGAUCCUUUUGCAAUUUUGUAUUUCAGAAAGCAUUUCAACUGGAUGGCGCUCGUUUAUUUGAUAUGGACACUUACAAUCAAAUAUUAUUAAUAGCUCAUAAGCCAAAAGCAAGAGGUGAAGUGCACUUGAUAUCUAAAAUAAGCUUAAUAUCUCCAUUUGAGAUGCAAGAUAUUGUACUGCCUUCAUCUGCAAAUGGUGUUAGAGACCUGCACAUUUCUCCUUUCAAUAGUAGACAGGCCCUUUAUGCUUCAUUAGGGAAGAAAUUAUCCGUGCUCAGCUUCGACAGUGGCACCCCUGUUCUCAAUUAUAAUCUACAGGUUCCUGCUUGGUCCUGCUCAUGGGAUCGAAACAGCACACAUUACAUAUAUGCUGGACUACAGAAUGGUUCUGUUCUGGUGUUUGACAUGAGACAAACUGCAGGACCCUUAAAAUAUUUAGCUGGGUUAACUAGCAACCCUGUUCAUAGUUUGCAGUCUCUUGCACAAACAUCGAGUCUUCCUUCUGGUGCCAGAAGCAUCCUAUCCGCAUCUGCCAUCGGGCCUUGUCAAUGGAACAUAGAUUCUGAAGAACGGUUUGUAGUUCCCGAGCCUUAUAAUCCCAAUGAUUAUGAUCAAGGAGUUUGUAUAUCCCUCGCCUAUUGCCAGAGCAGUGAUGACAUUGUUGUUUCAUACCGCCCAAAGUUCAAUGCCAUGGCGGAGGUGCCUCCUUCUCAAUCAUGGCCCCCUUCUACUUAUGUUACUGGACAAGGAGUACAGGGUUCUCACGUAUUGUUAAAGAGAACUGGCAGGGAUAAUUACCAAAAGACGGGUUCCUCGAAUGCCAAUGUCAGUGAUAUUCGACUACCAAAAUGUGUACUUAUAGACACUCAGAAUCAAAAUAGAUUAUUUGCAUCAGUAGAUGAAGCUACACACGAAUUGGUCUUGCAAGAGUUGCCAUCUUUUAGAACUAUUCAACUAUUCAAAAUGCCUGCUCAGGUUCGCGAUAUUAGGUACUCUCCUAAUCAUGGAAUGCUUGGUUGUUUAACUGAGAACUCAUUGCAACUAUUCUGUACCAAUCUCCAGUGA